AUGCAUAUUGUUUCUAUAUCAAAGUUACUUCUUCAACAAUUAAGAGAUGGUGGAUGGUGCAAUUUUCUUGCAAAUGUUAAAGAUUUUGGUGAAAAACAUGAAAUUGAAGUCCCUAAUAUGAGUGCACAAUAUGUUUUUGGAAGAGGUCGAUCUCGUCAACCAAGUGUGACAAUUGAGCAUCAUUAUCGAAUAGAUGUAUUCUUGGCAACAAUUGACUCUCAAAUACAAGAGUUGAAUAGUAGAUUUAAUGAGCAAACAAUAGAGCUUUUGACUUUGAGUUGUGCUUUGGAUCCUAAGGACAAUUUCAAAUCAUUUAAUAUUGAAGAAAUUAGUAAGUUAGCAGAGAAGUUUUAUCCCCUUGACUUUCCUUCUAAUGAGCUAAAUAUUUUGAAAUCUCAAUUGCAACAUUAUCAGCAUGAUAUACCAAAUCAUUUGAAAGGCAUUGGUACACUUUCUGAAUUGUGCAACAAGUUGCAAGAAACGGGAAAAUCAAGAACUUAUCACAUGGUUGAUAGAUUAAUACGUCUUGUUUUGAUUCUACCAGUGUCUACAGCAACAACAGAAAGAGCUUUUUCAGCAAUGAAAAUUGUUAAGACAAGACUCCGAAAUAAGAUGGCUGAUGAAUUUCUUGCAAAUAAUUUGGUCAUCUAUAUAGAAAAAGAAUUAGCAGCUAUUUUCGACACAAAUUCAAUUAUAGAUAAUUUUAAAAAUAGAAAAAAACGUCGAAUAGCCUUUUCAUGA